UCUGUCAAGGCUUUUCUAUGGUCAGUGUGUGAAAGUCGGUGAAUGUGUUGGAACAGUUGAGUUGAGUAAGAAGCGAGCGCGCGAGAGAGAGAGUGUGCAUAGAGAGCGUAUAUUUUAAAUGAUUAGUUGGCUGGAAACAAUAGAACAGUAAACAGUCGUACUGUGUGUCAGUCGUGGUUGGUUUUUUUUUUCCUGUGUGUGUUAGAAAUAUGUUUUCGGGAAUUUUGAGGAAAUCUGGCCAGAAAUUGCUGGGGCAAUUGCAGCAGAAAACGCGCACGACAUUCGCGACCAGUUCAAAAUUGCGAGCAGGUUAUGCGCUGGAAUGGUCGACGAACGCGAAGUUCAACAAACUCGUGCUGGACAAGUACAUGUGCCUGCCGACGCCGGACUGCAAGUGCCAGGUGAAGUACAUCUGGAUCGAUGGAACCGGUGAGAAUUUGCGCGGGAAGACGCGCACCCUGGAUUUCGUUCCGUCGUGCUACGAGGAGGUGCCGAAAUGGUCGUACGACGGGAGCUCGUGUUUCCAGGCGCACGGCGAAGACACGGACAUCUUCCUCAUACCUGUCGCGAUGUACAAGGAUCCGUUUCGCAGGGGCAACAACAAGUUGGUGCUGUGCGAGACGUACGACAAGGAUCUGCAGCCGACGUCGACGAACCAUCGGGCAGCGUGCGCCGACGCCGUCCGCAAGAUAUGCAAGCACGAACCGCAGUUCGGAUUGGAGCAAGAGUACCAGCUGAUGGACGCGGACCAUAGGCCGCUGGGAUGGCCAGCGAUGCGCGGUGAACCGGAGGUCACCGGGCUGUGCUACUGCGGCGUCGGGUCGAACAACGUCGUCGGCAGGGAUAUCGUGGAGGCGCACUACAGGGCCUGCCUGUACGCCGGCCUCGACAUCGCCGGCUCUAACGCGGAGGUCACCUACGGCCAAUGGGAGUUCCAGAUCGGCGUGUCGGAUGGCAUAAAGGGUCCCGACGAUCUCUGGAUGGGUCGUUUCAUCCUCAAUCGGAUGGCCGAGGAGUUCGGCGUCUGGAUCUCGUACCAUCCGAAGCUGUUUCCGAAUUGGAACGGUGCCGGCUGCCACACGAACUUCUCCACGAAGGAGAUGCGCGACGACGGCGGUCUCAAGGUCAUCGAGGAGUGCAUCUGCAAGCUGUCGAAGAGACACAAGGAGCACAUGAAGCGGUACGAUCCCAAGUGCGGCGAGUACAACAAGCUUCGGUUGACGGGUCUCCACGAGACGAGUUCGAUGGACGUCUUCACGCACGCCGUCGGCAAUCGAUCGUCGAGCGUCAGGAUUCACCGGGAAACUGUUGCCAAGAAGAAGGGCUACUUCGAGGACAGGAGGCCUUCGUCCAAUUGCGAUCCGUACGCCGUCUGCGAUGCCAUAGUCAGAACCUGCUACCUAGAUGAAUGUUGAUUGUAUUCUAUUAUAUAUACAUAUUAUAUACACACGCACGCACGCAACGCGCGCACACAAACA